GUAGCUCUUUUUUUUCUUGUUAUUAAAAUGCAAAAAAUACCUUAUCGUUUUAUACCUAAGCGAUAUCCUUUGUCUUGUUUAACUCUACGUUCCAAGAGAUCCUAUGGAUAUUUUAACUGGGAUAUACAAAAACGAUGGAGCUCAUCCAGUAGUGUCUUACCUACUAAUAGACCUUCUCUUCAUAUUCCUCUACAUCAACAAUUGAAGCAAUCAUUCCAAACCAAGUCAAGUGUUUCUGCAGAAACAAAAGAGAAAGUGAUUAUACUAGGAUCAGGAUGGGCAGGCUUUAAGCUGAUGAGGGAUUUAGACAAGGAAAGAUAUGAUGUAUCCGUAGUGUCUCCAAGAAAUUACUUUGUGUUCACUCCUCUACUUGCAAGCACGUCCGUGGGCACGCUCGAAUUUAGGUGUAUUACUGAACCAGUCAGAAGCUAUUCUAAAAACAUAAAGUAUCACCAAGCCUACUGUGACGAAAUAGACCUUGACAGUCGUGUUGCUCACUGCACUUACAAUGUAGACGAUAUCCAACAAAAGCGUUUUACACUAGACUAUGAUAAAUUGAUUAUCGCCGUUGGUUCUUACUCAAAUACGUUUGGCAUCCCUGGUGUAAAAGAUCAUGCUUUCUUUUUAAAAGAUGUGAAUGAUGCAAGAAAGAUUCGUAAAAGGCUUAUCGAGUGCUUUGAAAAUGCAUCACAACCAGGCGUAUCGGAUAAAGAUAAGGCAGAUCUUCUUCAUUUCGUCGUUGUUGGAGGCGGUCCCACAGGAAUCGAGUUUUCAGGUGAGCUAUAUGACUUUAUUGCCAAUGACCUUUCGCGUUUGUAUCCCACCCUGAUGCCCUUCAUUCGAAUGACUCUCUAUGACGUUGCUCCUAACAUCUUGGGAUCCUUUGACUCUCGCUUGGCUGAUUAUUGCCACAAGAAGUUUGAUAGAAAGGGCAUAAAAAUAAAGACUCAACGCUAUGUUGAAGAGGUGACAAAGAACCAUGUCAUCAUCAAAGAGGAAGGAAAAGUUCCAUAUGGGUUAUUGGUCUGGUCAACAGGUUUAAUGCAAAAUCCUUUGGUUAAAUCACUUUCUUCUUUGGCAAAGGAUGCUUCGAAGCAAAGGAUAUUAACAAAUGGAAAACUACAAGUAAUUGAUAGGGAAUCAGGCCUUGCUUACCCCAAUGUAUAUGCAAUUGGUGACUGUGCAGCUAUCAAGGACAAUGAUCUUCCUGCAACAGCACAAGUUGCUACCCAGAAAGCUGGAUAUCUAAGUAAAGCCCUUAACAGCGUAAAUUCGCCUAUAUCAGACUUCAAGUUUAGAAAUAAAGGCAUGAUGGCCUAUAUUGGAACAUCAGAAGCAUUACUGGACAUGUCGUCAGUGCAUCGAUCAGCCAAGAAAUCAGGGCAUCUUGCUUGGCUUCUUUGGAGAUCUGCUUACUUUAGUAUGAGCAUGAAUACUCGUAACAAGAUGCUAAUUGCUUAUCAUUGGUUUUUAACAUGGAGCUUUGGCCGUGAUAUAAGUCGAUUUUAAAACUUUGUUUUGAAAAAAUAAAUGACAAAAUUUACCAG